CCGGCAAGAAGUUAAACGAAAACGCUCGUUCUUCGGUGGUGAAACGGCGGUUGUAAUCGACAUCGACGCCGGAACUGCGCCGACGACCUCACCGCACUGUGGUUACUUUCUCGUUCUCUGUCAACUCACUGUGAAAUUUUCAAUUUUUUUCGAUAUGCCGCCUCCAGAAAUAUCGAAAAGGGUUCUAGACGCGAAGCUUGAAGCUUGCAAAUUCGCAUUCACGAAGCUAAGUGCGGUUAAAACAACGAGAAUGAAGAAUUAUAAGCAACUGCGUACUCUGCUUAUGUUGAAAGAAAUAUCUCGACGUGGUGCUGAUCGUGACUUCCUCAAAGAUCCGGAGAAUAGUGUAACUCGAAUUCUGUGUUCGGUUUUAAAGCAAGUGGUGAGUAACUCAGACCGUUCUUUAAAGUCUCUUCGUGGGUUUCACUAUGAGACAUUGCAUGAUCAAGAGAAGCAACAGGUGACUAGGAUGAUAGCAAGUUUACAAGGAAUGGGAAGUAGAAAAUACGAACCUGAAACUGUUGAUCAUCUUGAUGACAUGACUGAGCCAAUGGAAAUGGAGAUUUAUUUGGGGAACGGAGAUGAUUCUGUGGGUGGGGAUUUUGGUGACAUUGUUUUGGAGCCAAUCUCAUGGCCUUUGGAGUCAGUACUAACUCUUGGAUGGGUUGAGACUUUGAUGGGUUUGUUAAAUCAGUUCACAUGGAAGAACUCUGUUUCUGAGUUUCCUAUGGUCUUACCACAUUCUGUGGCUGUUUCUUUGGUGGAUCGUGCUUCACAGAUUCUAAACAAAGAAUCUAAUUGCGUUAAAAUCAAUAGUGAGAAUUCUAGAGUGAUUGUGGUUGGGGAUCUCCACGGUCAGUUGCACGAUCUCCUCAAAAUUUUUGAGCAAUCAGGCAGACCUUCACAGAAUCAGUCGUUUGUGUUCAACGGUAAUUACAUUGGUCGAGGUUCUUGGAGCCUAGAAGUGUUCUUGGUUCUCUUAGCUUGGAAGAUUCAGAUGCCUGAGAAUGUAAUUUUACUUCGAGGAAGCUCUGAAACAAGAGUUUCUGCAGAAGAGCUUGAUUUCUUGAAAGAAAUAUGUGACAGGUAUGGAGAGCACGGUCCGAUGCUAUACUCCAAGUGUAUCGAUUGUUUUAAAAUGUUACCUUUGGCAUCGGUCAUAUCAAAUAGCGUCUACACAACUCAUGGAGGUCUCUUUCAAAGUUCUCGGGUCCAAGAAGACACUGUGAAUCCGUCUUUGUUUUUGGGUUCUUUAGAGGAACUUGACAAGAUUGAGAGGAGACAAAUUGGUGAUAACGAUGACGAGAAUAUAACUCUUAACCAUGUUUUAUGGUCAUGUCCGUGGAUGGCUGAUGGUCUGAGCGAAAGCAAUUACAAGGGUCUUCUUUGGGGAGCUGAUUGCACCGAGACUUUUCUAAAACAGUCAAACUUAAAGAUGAUUAUAAGAUCACAUGAAGGCCCUGAUGCACGAGCAGAUCGAGAAGACAUGGGAAACAUGCUAAGUGGUUACUCCAUAGAUCAUGAAGUAGAAUCUGGAAAGCUUUGCACAGUAUUCAGUGCUUCAAUGUUCUCACAGGGUUUAAGAAGCUAUGAAAACGAAGGGGCAUAUGUUGUUCUUGAGCCUCCCAACUUCACAGAACCCAGAUUUGUUUCUUACACAGUCGAAAAUGUUCCAAGGUUACAACAUCAGAUCAUAAAUGAUAGAUCUUCAACUCAACAACCGCAAAUGUGGGAGAACAGAACUGGAAACAGUUUUGCAUCAAUUGGGAUUGCUAAUCCGCCUUCUUGGACCGUUCCUUUGCCAAAUGACCCGAGUCAGAUCCUUCAACUUCGAGAGCCUCCUCAAGUAUUUGAAGGUCUUCCUCUUCCAGAUAGCAUUGAGGAGCCUCACAAAUCCAACUACGACUACUUGUUUAGACUGAUAAGCGCUCUCAAACAGGAGAUUCAAACUAGGGACAACAGAGAGAAGGAAUUGAUGGAUCACUUAACUAAGACGAAAGCCACAUUGGAGGUCAUAAGCCAAAUGUCAUCUUCUCUCUGACCCAUUGAGACUUGAGACCCAACGAUUUUGCUUUCCUUUUCUUUUUCCUUUUGUUUUCCAUUUUAACUUUGUACUGUACAAAAUCAACUGUAACUUAACAUCUUAGUCAACUGUAAUUCAUGUUGGUUUAGCUUUUUUUUCGUUACUACAAUAGUACUAUCAAAUUCAUUAUUUUCCCU